AUGGUCAAAUCAUACUAUAUCGCUGGUGCUGCGUCAGCGGUGUGCGUUGUGCUCAUCGCGGUCGCCGUUUCGUCAACGGUCUAUCUGCUCAACGAUAUUUCAGAAUUCUAUCAGGACGCGCAAGAGGAGCUCGUCGAGUUCCAGGAUCUCGCCAAUAAUGUUUGGGAGUUUAUCGUAAUCGAUGCGACACCAGAAGAGUUGCGUGAAGCUGAGGAAAUUGAAAAAGAACGAGAACAGCGAUUCAAGAGACAAUACGAAACAGAAAUUCCUGAUGAGUCCGAAGAAAGUGAAGAAGAGAAUAAUUAUCGCGAUGUUGGGCCUCCAUCUUCGCGCCCACAAAAACAUGAGAACCCAACACCACGUGUAAUUCAAGCAGGAUUCCGGCCUCCUCCAGUCACAGUGUCUCCGCAAAGACCACCUACAACAUAUAUUCCAGGACAGCCUUAUCAGCCACCAGUUACAACUGCUCGACCAAAUAGGAAUGGAUAUGAUAUUGACAACAAACCAGGAUAUGAUAAUCAAAGCUAUCAACCGCCAAGAGGUCAGAAUUCGGGAUACUAUCAGCCAUCGCAGACUCGAUCGCCAAAUCAAGGAGGACGACAAUAUCCUGAAGAUGUUAUUCCACGACCUACACAACGAUCAAAUGGAGGGCAAUAUCCAGAGGAUUCUACACAGAGGCCAGUUCAAUCCAGAAAUCAAAGACCUUCUGGAGGGCAGUAUUCCCAAGAUGUUACACCGUCACCAUUCGAUAAUAGACAACCAAAUGGAGGACGGUAUCCAGAAGACUCGCUGCCUCCCACAGAUCGGAAUCGCCACACUCCGAGAAAUCCAGGAUUUCCACCACCAGCAAAGACGUACAAUCCAAGAGAACGCGAGCCUGGCUACCCAAGUGGAAAAUCGAUGUUCUCGUACACCACCCCAUCAACAAAUCAACGAAUUAAUUCAACUCCGAUUCCACCAACUGCCAACACCGACUUCCCCAAUAGGCCAUGGAAAAAUAUUCCGCCAACACCGCGACGCAAUCAAUGUGACAAAUGCAGUCUGAUGCCAAAUAACUGUCCAGCUGGACCACCAGGACCACGAGGAAGGCCAGGACCUCCAGGAUAUCCGGGACAAGAUGGACCCCGUGGUCUUCGCGGUCUUAACGGUGCUAUCGCUAUCAAUCAGCAAAAUGGAUAUGCUGGAGAAGGAUGCAUCCAAUGCCCGAUUGGUGCGCCUGGAAACCCAGGACCAGACGGAGAGCCGGGAACUCCCGGCGAUGAUGGGCUUGACGGUGAAACUGGAACACCCGGACGUGAUGGAGAACCAGGUGCUCCAGGAGCUCCUGGUGAUGCUGGUUAUAAAGGACCGUCUGGAACUCCCGGAACACCAGGAAGACCAGGAAGAAACGGACAAAGUUGCAGAAGUGUUCCAGGGCCACCAGGAAAGCCAGGACCACCAGGAGAACCAGGACAGCCAGGAGAUCCAGGAAUUGAUGGUGAACACGGACAACCAGGAUCGCCAGGAAUCCAAGGACCACCAGGACGUGACGGUAAUCCGGGAGCUGAUGGACCUGACGGAGAGACAAUUCCUGGCAAACCAGGUCCUGAUAGCGAUUAUUGCCCAUGUCCAAAGCGAACUGCAUCAUUGGAAACACUCCAUAAGGUUAUCGAAAUGUAUGAGAAGCAGUUGAACAACGUCACUGGUGGAGAAAAGGAGGCAAAUUCGGAAUCUGAAGACACUAGUCCUCAAGCGCCACCACAUGAUCAGUUGAAGCAUUAUCCGGAUAUUUCAUACGGAGAAUUUCAAGCGCCACCAAAGAGUAUUCGUCGUCCAGUGGACACAUCCGCGGAGAUUCCACCAAAACAACGAACCGGAUAUGAUCAAGGACCACCACAACAGCCACAAACACACAAUGUAUAUGAUCAGAGACCAACGUCGACAUAUCGCGAGCCGAAGCGAAUUGAUAUUAAGCUUCGCGAAAAAUCGAACGCGCAAAGAACAGAAUCGGAACGCGAACGGUCGUAUGAGGUCGAGCCCGAACCAGAAUACGAGCCUGAUAGACAUCAUCCACAUCCACCCGGCAUUCGAUUCAAGCGACCACAGAGGAUAAGAGAUGAGGAUCGUAGGUCACAGUAUGAUAGAGAUACAAGCGCUUCUUACGAAGAUCAUCCACGACCAGUGGAAUACCCAAGAAAUGAAGAACCAUACGACGGAUCAUCGAGACGGCAUUCAAAACCAAGAAGUGAAGCAAAUAUUCCGAGAGAGAAUAAUGGAGAGUAUAAAAAUACUAGAGCAAUUCAGACAGAAAUGCACCCAAGAGAACUAGAAUAUUCUGACAGAGCUCCUAGAAUUGAAAUGAAGAGAAUCAGACCUUUGGAUAGUUAUCAAGAGGAGGGAUAUGACAGAAGAGCAGCAACAAGAAGCGACGAGUAUCAAAUGGAUUCUGCUCCACGAACUCAUACUGUUGAUCAAACGCAACCUUAUAGAAGAAGGCGAUCACGCUACUCAUACAACUUCCGCAAUCGAUAUUACGAAAAAUACCUCAUUUAG